AAAGGCGGCCCCAGCCCACAGUACAGCCAGCAGCUGCCAGCACGGAGAGCUGGGCGGUCAGGGAUCAUGGGGGAGAGCGCGUUCGAGUCGGGGCCUGCGCCCGGGGCGCCGGCGGGGGGCCCCGUGCACGCCGUGACGGUGGUGACCCUGCUGGAGAAGCUGGCCUCCAUGCUGGAGACGCUGCGGGAGCGGCAGGGAGGCCUGGCUCGGAGGCAGGGAGGCCUGGCGGGCUCGGUGCGCCGCAUCCAGACCGGCCUGGACGCACUGAGCCGCAGCCACGACACCACGAGCAACACCCUGGCGCAGCUGCUGGCCAAGGCGGAGCGCGUGGGCUCGCACGCAGACGCCGCCCAGGAGCGCGCGGUGCGCCGCGCAGCCCAGGUGCAGCGGCUGGAGGCCAACCACGGGCUGCUGGUGGCGCGCGGGAAGCUCCAUGUUCUGCUCUUCAAGGUCAGUGACCUCGGGCGUCCCCCAGUCGAGGACUUUUCUCGCCUUUGGGCCACCAGGUGGGGCUCUUCUCUCCCACCCACUUACCACACCCACAUUCCUGACCGCACCCGCCGCCUGUUGCUGUGGGACGGACUUCCCGAGCCGCACCCACUUCCCACCGCCCAGCCCCGACCUCCCCCACGCGCCCGAGCCCAGCCUGGCGGAUCCAAGCCCGCCCAGCUCAAGCCACGUCCGCAGAAUUUGGUCUAAGUCCCAGCCCAUCCCCAAAAUAACGGUGGUGGAAGUCAUUCAGCGACUGCGGCCACCGCCCUCCCUGGGUCCCACACUACUUGGCAGACUUCUGCAGUCGGCCGGCAGCUCUCCCUCCCCCUACCUUCCCACGUCUCCCGCUUUCCGCCUCGCUCUGGCUGCGGAGGAGGAGGCCGAGAUCCCAGCCAGCGCCUUCCAGAAGGCACCGGAGUCCUUGGGCCCCGCGGACCAGUCCGAACUGGGCCCAGAGCAGCCAGAGGCCGAAGUUGGAGAGAGCUCGGACGAGGAACCCGCCGAGUCCCGGGCUCAGCGGCUGCGGCGCACCGGGCUGCAGAAGGUACAGAGCCUGCGAAGGGCCCUUUCGGGCCGGAAAGGCCCGGCAGCGCCGCCGCCCACGCCGGUCAAGCCGCCUCGCUUGGGGCCUGGCCGGAGUGCGGAAGAACAGCCGGAGGCUCAGCCUGCGCUGGAGCCCACUCUGGAGCCAGAGCCUGCGCAGGACACCGAGGAUGACCCCGGGAGACCCGAGGCUGCCAGAGAGGCUCCGCUCCAGAUAGAGAGUGCAGCCUGAUGGCUGGUGCUGCCUGCCUCCCUGUGCCUGUGCCGUGUCCCGAAAUAAAUCCUUUCAGAAUGCAGCACUCACGCCCUAAUAAGGAGCGAAUCCUGCAUCCACAGCCCGGCUCUGGCCCUCCCUUCCCUAUGCCUUAGGCCCAGUACCCCGUGUACUCUAAAAGAGGUGCAGUCACUCACAUCUGCUUGCGCUCACCAUUAAUAAAAGUGAUUUCAUCUGA